AUGAGUUUUGGCUUCAGUAUCGGUGAUUUUCUGGCGGUCUUACAACUAGCAAAUGACUUGGGAGGCCGCUUUGCGCAAGCACCGAGGGAGUACAAGGCCAUCAAGGAUGAGGUCGAGUCUCUUAUCUUUGCUCUCAACCGCAUCAACGGCUUUAAUGAAGAGGAAUUUGAUGACCAACAGAAAGACGGUGUGAAUCAAGUCAUCCAGAGCUGUGACAUUGUCCUUCAGGAUCUUGACUCUAGGCUACAAAAAUUCCACGUUCUGGCCGAGGACUCUACUCCAGACUGGGCGGGCAAAGUGCGCCAGGCGUGGAAAAGGAUCCGAUGGAACCAAGCAGAGAUCAAUAACUUUCGCUCUCGGAUCGUUUCCAAUAUUUCUCUGCUGAACCUCAUUAUAGGAAAUACCAAUCAGCAUGGAAUCCAAACUCUUACCCAGAGACAAGAAAAUCAUGAACGUAACAAAGUCCUGACUUGGCUGAGCCCAGUGAGCCCAUCAUUACGACAAAGCGAGGUUUUCAAUUCUCAUCAAAAGGGGACGGGGACGUGGUUGCUGAAAACAGAGGCCUUCCAGCGAUGGAUCGGCAGUCAAGAGCAGGUUCUAUUCUGCCCUGGGAUCCCUGGCUCUGGGAAGACAGUCCUUUCAUCAAUCGUCAUUGAUCAUAUAGAGCAAACGUUUCCCAACCAAGACGACGUUGUGAUUGCAUAUCUGUUUUGUGACUAUCGGCAGCAACAUACACUUGUUGACCUCUACUCGGCUCUUUUGAGACAAGCUGUACAACGAAAAACCUCCAUACCAGAGAGAAUCAGAUCGUUUUAUAACAAGUACUCAGAAAAAUCAGCUAAACCUUCGAAAGAUGCGAUACUAGAUGAAUUGCGAUAUGUGCUCGCUUCGUGCGCAAGAGCUUUUGUCGUGAUCGAUGCAAUUGAUGAAUGUCCAAUUUCCGACGCUAACCAUGCUAUUCGCCAUUCAUUUCUCCACGAGCUUGUUCGGUUGCGGAAUGAAGAAGGAUUUAAUAUUCUUGCAACUUCCCGACACGACCAGGAAAUUGCAGCCCACUUCGAGGACUCUGCUUCCGUGGAAAUACAGGCGAGCAGUGCAGACAUCCAAUACUAUGUUGACGUCCGUUUGGAUGAUCUUCCGCCUUUUGUUCGAAGAAGAGAGAAAUUAAAACAGGCAAUCAAGAACGGUAUCGCCGAAGCAGCCAAAGACAUGUACGAAUUUAUCUGGGUUUGCAGUGAAUACGUUCUAACAUUUCUUAGGUUCCUUCUUGCUCGGCUUUAUUUUAAUCUCCUCUUGGAUGAAUCGAACGAAAAAGGGAUUCGAAGAAUGCUAGAAGAGUUCCGCACUGGUUCUCACGCUGGCUCUCAGCCUAAUACUUAUGAUCAUGCCUAUAGUGAGACCAUGAGUAGAAUCGAGCGUCAAGGGCCAAAUGCUUCGGGUCUUGCAAAGAAAACAAUCGGAUGGAUCUUAAACGCCAAAAGAAAUCUGACUACCGCUGAGCUCGAGCACGCGCUGGCGAUUGAGCUUGAGACCUCCGAAUUCGACGACACAAAUAUCACGGACAUUGAGCAAUUGACGUCGUAUUGCUGUGGUUUAGUUCUUGUCGACGAACAAACGACCGAAGUAAAGCUUGUCCACUACACCACCCAAAAGUUCUUUGAAAGCACCCUGAAGAGUUGGUUCCCGGAGAUUCUUGACCAUAUCACGGACUGCUGUUUGACAUACCUCUCAUACGACGUAUUUGAGGAAGAUAGAUUUGAGGAAAAGAAAGAGGUUGAAAAAAUCCCAAAUGAGUACCCAUUCUACUCUUACUCCUCUCAGAACUGGGGGCAUCAUUUCCGGGAAGCUCCUGGAGACCGGUCGAUACUCCUAAAAUUCCUUCAGAGUGAAGCGAAAUUGGCUGGAUAUGACCGCUGCGGUUUUGAGCCUCUGAAUUGGAAACCAGAUCCUAAAACGAGCGGAAUAAAAGCGGAACAUAUUGUUGCCUUUUUCAACUUGGAUCAUCUAAUGCAAAAGCUACUUCAAACAAGCCCAGGCAAUCUGAACAUCCAAGACUCGAGUGAGCAUACGCCCUUGUUCCUCGCUGCAAGCCACGGACAUGAAUCAGUGACCAAGUUGCUUCUAAAUAUGGGCGCCAAGGUUGAUCUCCCAGAUAAAGAUGGCACUUCGCCAUUACAUGCAGCUGCAGAUCAAGGCUCUGCUGUGGUAGUCCAGAUGCUCCUGGAUAAAGGCGCCGACAUUAAAAUCAAAGAUUCGAAACAUAAGACUCCAUUAUACGUCGCCGCAGGCAAGGGCCAUGAGAUCAUUGUCACGCAGCUUUUAGAUGGAGGCGCUGAUAUCGACGCUGGGGACGAAGAUGACAGGACUGCAUUACAUGCGGCUUCACUGGGGAAUCAUGUGACCACAGUCGAAUUGCUUUUAAGCAGAGGCGCAAACCUCGAAAGUAGGACAAAGAGUGGCGAUGUCCCGUUACAUGAUGCAUCAUUAAACGGCAAUCUAAAAGUGAUCAACCUGUUAUUGGAAAAGGGUACAAGCCCCGAAAUAGCCAACGACGAAGGCAAAACACUAUUACUCAAGGUUUCCGACUAUCCCCUCUACGGAUUGCUUAAUGAAAAGAUUGAUGCCACAUUCGAGCUUCUCCUAAACAAGGGUGCCAACACUGAAGCCAAAUGCAGGCAUGGGGAAACUCCACUGCAUCGGACUGCAGAAAGAGGCUGGGAGGCACCGGUGAAACUUUUAUUAGACUAUGGGGCCAACAUUGAAGCCACAACCAUCGACAGCAUGACCCCAUUACACUUGGCUGCCCGGAAAAAGAGGGUAGAAAUUGUCAGAAUGCUCCUAGACCGGGGAGCUAGCGUUGAUCCCAUGAGUCAAAGCAGGCAAAUACCAUUGCACGUUGCAGCUGCCACAGGAGAUGAGGCCAUAGUUACAAUGCUGUUGGACAAGGCCGCCAACAUCAAUGUCUUUGAUCGAUUUGGCUGCACUCCAUUAUUCUGGUCUUCCUUGAACGGGCAUGAGACCGUGUCAAGGCUGCUCUUAAACAAGGGUGCUACUCUCAACCCUCCAAGCUCUGGACCUCAACUGUUACCCUCAGCAACCACCGAGGGUGGGCACGAUGUGACUUUAAGAGCUUUACUUGGAAAAGAGAGCAACUCUAAACAGUUCAAUAUUUAUCAUCGAACUGCUUUACACAUGGCGGCUGCCGGGGGGCACAUACCGAUGGCAACACUUUUGCUCUCUGCUGGAGCAAAAUCAGAUAUCCCAGAUCGAUAUGGAAGAACACCAUUGUUUAAUGCUGUUUGCGGAGGCCAUUCAGACAUGGUUCAACUGCUCCUCGGCUUGCCAGAUGUUGAUAAAUCCCGUCCCGACAUCUGGGGGCUUACCCCUCCUCUCGAGGCCCAGAAGAGGGGGUUCCAUGAGAUCAGCCUGCUCCUCAAUAGCGAAAGCGAAAACGUGGACUCAGGUGUGGAGCCAAUCGUGAAACCCGAAUCCACAGAACAGAGACCUCGAUUUUGUGAUGUCUGUCUAAGAGGCCUUUUGGAGGAAGAAGUGUACUAUUCGUGUGACUAUUUUUACACGUGCAAAUUCUGUCCCCCUGCGCAGACCAAAAGCUGUCCACUGUGUGGAAACAAGCUGGUGAAAGCGAUCUACAGGUCUCCCACGACGUCAAUCCUGGAAGUAUUCGAAUCAUGCGUGUGCAUGUAA